GACAGGCUCGUCUAGACGAGGCAGAGCCCGAGUCGGGAGCCUAAAUUGCCCGCACGCCCCCUUGCCCACCGCCUCGAGUCGUCUCGCCCGCGGCCGAUCUCCUGCAUCCGCUCGCCGCGCCGCAACCCGGAGGCCGGAGGAGACUGCGCUCAGUCGAGCACCACCUGGGGCCCAGCAUCCUCGCGACCAUCUCGGGCAGGACGUCCGCCCUCUGCAGGCCAGUCCCUGCGACCGUCGCUGCUGUCCACUGGCCACUUUGCCCCGCGACGACGAGCACCACCAGAACACUAAGAGAUCGUGAGGGGGCAGAGAAGAUGGCAUUUCUUGCUUGAGGAUGGGCAACGUGCAGCAGCUCUAUUGUUAGGAAUUAGGAUUGGAUCCUGGGAGAUGGCUGAGGGGGCAAGGUUUCAUGGUAUGAUAGGCGGAGGUGGUGGCAAGGGGAUGCAAGACAAUGAGAUUAAUGGCUUCUACAACAUGCCGUAUUACCAAAAGUUUGGGGAGGGCUCUCACAUGUCUGUAGACAGCGCCGAUGGCUUCAACAUGACCAAUUGCGCUGGUGGUUCUGUUGCCAUGUCAGUGGACAACAGCAGUGUGGGCUCCAACGAGUCCCGCACAGUCAUACUGAAGCAUCCAGGCCUUCGUGAUGCCCCAACUGCAAGCUAUUCAGUUGGCAAUAGUGUCUUCCGCCCCAACCGUGUGGCUGCACACACGCUAAAUGAGGAUGCAUUGGCCCGGGUUUUGAUGGACCCAAAUCAUCCUACAGAGAUACUCAACAGCUAUGAGCAGUGGACCAUUGAUCUGGGGAGGUUGGACAUGGGGGAUCCUUUUGCUCAAGGAGCCUUUGGAAAGCUGUACCGGGGAACAUAUAAUGGAGAAGAUGUUGCCAUUAAGCUGCUGGAGAAGCCUGAGAAUGAUCCAGAAAGAGCUCAUUUGAUGGAGCAGCAAUUUGUACAAGAAGUUAUGAUGUUGUCUAGGCUGAGUCACCCAAAUAUUGUAAGGUUCAUAGGGGCAUGCAGGAAAUCAAUCGUGUGGUGUAUUAUUACGGAGUAUGCAAAAGGUGGCUCAGUCCGGCAAUUCCUGGCUAGAAGGCAGAACAAAUCGGUGCCUUUGCGGUUGGCUGUGAAACAGGCGUUGGAUGUAGCCCGGGGAAUGGCAUAUGUUCAUGCAUUGGGAUUUAUUCACAGAGAUCUGAAGUCAGAUAACCUUCUGAUUUCAGCAGACAAAUCCAUUAAGAUUGCCGACUUUGGAGUUGCUCGUAUCGAAGUGAAAACUGAAGGGAUGACACCAGAGACAGGAACCUACCGCUGGAUGGCACCGGAAAUGAUCCAGCACAGGCCCUAUGAUCAUAAAGUUGAUGUCUAUAGCUUUGGCAUCGUCUUGUGGGAGCUAAUAACCGGCAUGCUUCCGUUCACCAACAUGACGGCUGUUCAGGCAGCUUUCGCUGUUGUAAAUAAGGGUGCUCGCCCGGUAAUUCCUCAAGAUUGCCUGCCUUCUCUAAGCCACAUUAUGACUCGUUGCUGGGAUGCAAACCCAGAAGUUCGCCCACCAUUUACUGAGAUUGUCUGCAUGCUUGAGAGUGCUGAGAUGGAGCUUGUGAGCAACGUGCGCAAAGCACGCUUCCGCUGCUGUAUUUCUGAACCCAUGACCACCGACUGAAGUGGAAGUUGGUGGCUAGAUGACCACAAAGUGGGUAAGAGAAUGGAGUGGGAAAAGGAUAAAGAGCCUAUCUCAUGUAUUCGUGUCAGUGCCAGGGUCUCUUCUGAAGACCCUAGGAUUUGAGCUUCUGUGUUGUUGCAUUCUAUCCUGUGUAAGUUGCACAGCUGGAGUAAUCUCUUCUGAAAGUAUAGGUAAUGUUUCCUUGUAUGUUAACAAGAUCUAACUCUAAUGGAGCUUUCCUGUGUUAAUAAUAUCUGCCUGUUCUUGUAAUCAGCAUGUUUGCUUGCACCAUUUCUGUUCCUUGCCCUUUGUUGUUGACCUACGUUCCAAGACUGUUUUCGGUAUGCACUUCAGAAUGAUAUAUGUCUAUAUUUUUUGGUA